GGCAAAAGCAAUGGCAAAAGUGAGAACCCGUGGUACCCGUGGUGCGAAAAGUGCUGUUUCUGCUUGGCUGGUUCACGAGGUUCGCCUUCACUGCCAGCUAGCGCGCAAAGACGCCCAAGGACUGCAAGACGGAAGAAUGAGCACGGCGUUGUUUCUUGCAAUAAAAAAAUAAUAAUAAGACUCCAACCCACUUCACGCAGUGAUUUCACUGUUCAAAUAGAAGCUACGGUGAACGACAAACCGAUGUGACAGCGAGACUGCAGCCACUACAGAAACGAAAGUCAAGAAAUUUUCUAACAAGAAUAAUGAAAACUGAAUAUAGAGCUGUUUAAAAACGAAUAUCAGGAGGAAACGGUCAUAUCUUGAGGCAACAAAAGCAACAAACCGCCUAUGCGGCCUUGGCGAUGGUUUCGCGAGCACCGCCGAGCGCGUGCUUUUCGAUUUGGUAGUGUUGUGCGUUCAGUCGGCAGCGCUUAAAUGUCUGCCCGAGGAAUCUAGCACAACUUUAAACCAAGGCUACUGCAUGGCUUAUGGUAGACGAACGCCCAUAGCGCAGAAUUCGCGAGCACAAGCCCUUCGGUGCUGGACGACUCGAAAUCUUCAGUGCGGUCACUGCUGUCACUUGCCAGUCAUGGCUGGAGAUGUGACACAUCCCAAGCACGGCGUCAACAGCGUCUUUUCACGGCGAGACAUCGAAAUUUUCGAGCGUUGGUUCAGAUGUGGCGAUCCAAAGGAGACUGGUGAUCUAGAUGUGGAAGGCCUCAAACGCCUGUGGGCGAGUCUUCAAAUGGAUGUAACACAGAUGUCUGCCAAGUGGUUAAUUGCCCUAGCAGAUGACAACAGGAAUGGGAAGCUUAACUUUGGAGAGUUCCUGUACCUGUGGAUGAUGGCUGCUGAAAAUUCAGAGUUCCAGUCAACACCUGAAGGCCAGGCCAUGUUGCGAACCAUGCAAGCCUUUGAAAUUUAUCCUGUUGCUUCUGAAAAAAAGCAAAGCUCCUGCUACACUUUAAAUCCAUGGGUACGAUCAAGAUUUCUAGACCAAGGAGAUGAAGGACGACCCUUGGAUGUAAAACCGCCUCAGUCUCGGAUACAAGAAGCACGAGAGCUAUGCCAAGGAGCUGCUAAGCAGCGGGCAGCGUUUAUAGCUCAGGCAAAGUCGCUUUACGAAGGAAGCACUCGAAUGCAGCACAAGGUCCAUGCAGAGCGCAGAGCAGAAUUCAUCAAAUGGGCACGCACAACUUUUGAAGAUGACAAAGUUGUGCAGAAGAACCUCCCAGAUGAAACUGAGCAUGAAGAACAGAUCACGUACCACGACGCUUCCGUAUGCCCAGUGAUGAGCAAGUCAUCCCCUGCUAUCAGCGAGUUCUCUCUAGACCAGUGUUCUUUCCUGGCCGACUGGUUUCACAGAUGGGAUAUGAACAAGGAUGGCUUGCUUGAUGGGCACGAAAUUGGUAACAUGUUUCACUGCCUGCGAAUUCCCAUCAGCCCAAGUGCCUUGCAGGCUAUUGUCCAAUAUUUUGAUGAGGACAUGGACGGCAAGCUAAAUUUUCGUGAGUUCUUGCUCAUGUGGCGUGCAGCAAUAUAUGACCCAGAUUUUCAACGCACUGCCGAGGGUUGCAAAAUGGUCAAACACAUGCGAAUACACAACCUGCUGCCCAACCAAGCAAGGAAGCCAUCAUGGUGACCAUGGACGUGCCACCGGAGAAGCGCCACAUGAUGAGACAGAAACGAGACGACAGAGACCAUUUCAUUUGUUACACCUCCUCGUUUUUAUUUACGUUACUAAUAACUUAUGUGUAUCACUGCUCUGCGUGGUAUGGACAAAAAAAAAUAAUAAAAAUAUGAGAAGAAACGGGAUAAAAAGGGGGAAGAAAAACUGCGAGGGGAUCGAACCAAGCCCGACACACCCCCCGGCCACCUCCGAGACGCCCCUCGGUGGAUGCCACUAUGUACAGGUUUGGGUAGCCAAGGAAGAGGUCGAGGGGUGCAAGGGGACAAUGGCUACACCCCUCUUUUUCUUUACAGCCAGCCACAAACAGACAAUGGAAACCAGGUGACGUAAACACCCUUUCUUUUUUUCUUCUCCUUCCACACAUUAAAAAUGGAGCGCACAUGUGAACAAUGAUUGGAGUAGCAGAGA